AUGAGAUUCAGCCUCGUGGGCUUCGCUCUGGUUCUGCCUUUGUCCAGAGCAUGGUACGACACCGGGCAUAUGCUCGUGGCUCACAUUGCCAAGAUGCAGUUGAAGCCGGAAGAAGUGCAGAAAGUGGACAGGCUUCUCGCAACCUGGGGCCAUGCCUUUCCUGGCAUGUCAGAGUUUGUGAGCGGCUCUGUCUGGGCGGAUCACAUCAAAUGCAUCAGCAACGAGACGCUUCUUUGCCGUGGUCUACCCACCACCGGGCUCAAUGAGUUUGAUGCUUGGCACUUCGUGGAUCUGGACUAUAGCCCAGAUAACGUCACGAUAGCCGGGGAGAGCGCUUCCCGCGCAUUUGCGAAUCCGUCAGCCGUUUGGGCUCUCGCGGAGGCCCUGCGAACAUUUUACACCUCGCAGUCCUUCUUUGCAAUCAACCUCAUGCUGCGCUUUGCUCUCCACAUCGUCGGAGAUGUGCAUCAGCCUUUGCAUGCUGCGCAGGGAGUUUUUCGCGAUGCGCGCUUCGGAGAUGUUGCUGGCGACCGUGGUGGAAAUCUCAUCAGGAUCCACUCAAACUGGAGCACCCUGACGAACCUUCACUUGCUCUGGGAUGCGGCAGGAGGCCUCUAUCUGGACGAAUGGCCAUACACUCCUUCACAAGCUGAAGAGCUCGAAAGGAAUGCUUCCAAACUGGCAGGAGACUUUCCAAAGAGCAGUUUCGAGGAAUACGUGCCCGAAGACAUGUCGUGCUACUUCAUUCCGAGCGAUUGCACGAAGGUCUUCAUUCGCUGGGCCCGGGAAGUGCAUCUUCUUGCCGUGCAGGACGCAUACGUCGGUGUACGUGCCGGCGGAAACGUCUCGGAUGCCUACAUUGCCAAGGUUCGGCAGGUGUCAAGACGCCAGCUUGCGUUGGCUGGAUAUCGCUUGGCAGACUUCCUCAGAGCCGUCCUUCCUAGCUUGCCGUCGCCGCCGGCGGCAGCACCACGAGUGUUUUCAGCAGAGCAGCCCAUGGGCUCAAUCUCGAACCAGGCCCUUCUGCUGAUCUGUGGACUCCAGUCUGCAGCGCUCGCAGCCAUCGCAGUGCGGCAGUUGUUGAGGUGCAGGAAUCGGUGUGCCGGCCAACACGACGAGCGAGACAGCCCGUUGCUGGUCUGA